AUGGCUUCGAAAGGACCGGUCGAGAGUUUGAGCGAGGAAGAAAUUUGUCCCGUCUGCCUGGAUUUCUUCAUCGAUCCGGUUACACUGGAGUGCGGACACAACUUCUGUCGCUCUUGUAUCACACAGUAUUGGGAAAGGGAGGAGAGAAACUCCUGCCCGGAAUGUAGAGAGGUGUUUGCUGACCGCACCCUCAGGGUGAAUCGGGCCUUAGCAAAUCUGGCUGAAAAGUUUCGAAAUCUAAACCUGAAUCCGAAAGGGAAGGAAAGUAAACGUCACUGCGAGGAACAUGAGGAAGAACUGAAGCUGUUUUGUGAAACGGACAAGACGCUGAUCUGUCUGAUCUGCAGAGACGCGCAGGAACACAGAGAUCACCGCUUCAAGCCGAUUACAGAAGCUGUUAAAAUCUACAAGGAUCAGCUAAAAUCUUCCUUAGACUCUCUCACAAAAAAGAAAUCAGACUUCCAGGAAAAGGAGCAGCAACAGAAAGAGAAGAUUUCCGGAGUUCAGGAGGAAACUCGUCAGAACAGGAGGAUUAAUGUCAAUAUCCAGGAAUUGUCAGUGACAAAUGAGACCCUGCCGGUUGAAAAAUUCGAUCACCUCUAUUUGUUGAACACAGUGCUGAGAGAAACGCUUGAUGCUAUUAAUCGAGUCUCUGUCACCCUGGAUCUGGAAACGGCGAGUCCGUAUCUCGAGGUGUCUGAGGAUCGGAAGAGUGUGAGACGGACCGAGACCUGGAAGAAUCUCCCUGACAUCGGGAAGAGAUUCACAGACCGGGAAUGUGUGCUGGGAUCGGAGGGAUUCACAUGGGGGAGACAUUACUGGGAGGUGGAGGUGACGGGGAAUCGGUUCUGGUGGCUGGGUGUCGCCGCAGAGUCUGUGGAGAGGAAUGGACGGGUCAAUCUGAGUCCGGAGACCGGAUUCUGGAUCAUCAGGCGGAAUGGUGACGUGUUACAUCGGGAUUAUGACGUGGACCGUGGUCUCACCUCCCCCGAGUCCCGUCUAGCUGCCGAUCCCAUCCCCGGGAGGGUGCGAGUUUAUCUCAGUUACGAGACCGGGACAGUUUCAUUUUACAACGCGGAGACCACGUCCCAUCUCCACACCUUCACUGGGAAUAAAUUCACGGUGCAACUUUAUCCUUUCUUCCGGACUGGGGAUGCAAACCAGUGGCUGAGAAUCUGCUCUGGUUCCGCUCCGGGUCUGUAAACGGGUCGAGUCCCGGGACGGGCGUCAGGAGUAAAUUUCCUCUUUCCCACCACAGAUGUAAGGCUCAAUGGUCUAUAAUUAUCCGGACUGACCCUACUACCCUUUUUGAACAAGGGGACAACAUUCGCCUCCCUCCAAUCCUCCGCGACCAUUCCCGUGGACAAUGAGGACAUAAUGAUCCUAGCCAGAGGCUCAACAAUCUAUUUCCUCACCUCGGAUGCAGAACUGGGAAGUGGCAGAGGGAGUUCAACACAGAUGAAGAGAUUCAUUUCUGCAGGUCAAAUUUGAACACAGAAUAUAAUAUUAAUUGUAAGACUCUUGGCAGUGUGGAGGGUCAGAGAGAUCUUGGGGUCCAUGUCCAUACAACACUCAAAGCUGCUGUGGAUGUUGGCAGUGUUGUUAGGAAGGGGUCUGGUGUGAUGACCUUCAUCAACCGUGGGAUUGAGUUCAAGAGCUGUGAGGUGAUGUUGAAGCUAUAUUUCUCCUAACCUGUACAUAAGUAAUUGUAAUAAGAUUAUGAGAGGCUUUGACCGUGUGGAUAGCCAGAGGCAUUUUCCCAGGCUUGAAGUGACUAACACGAGGUGACGUAGUUUUUAGCUGCUUGGAAGUCGGUACCGAGUGAAUGUCAGGGGUAAGUUUCUUGCACAGAGAGUUGUGGGGGCAUGAAAUGCUCUGCCGACAACGAUGGUGGGGGUGGAUACAAUAGGAUAUUUUCAGAGAUUCUUAGAUAGGUUCAUGGAGCUUAGAAUCAUAGAGGGGUAUUCGAUCAGGAAAUCCUAGGCAGUCUCUAGCGUAGGUUACAUGGUCGGUACAACAUUGUGGGCUGAAGAGCCUGUCAUGUGCUGUAGAUUUCUGUGUUCUGUGUCAAAGACAGGCAGAGGGAUUAGUUUAAAUGGACAGGAAGACAGCAUGGAAAGGUUGGGCUGAACGGCCUGUGUUAGUGCCGUAAGGGAGGGGUUCUGUCCCAAACAUCGACUCUAUUCCCCUCAACAGAUGCUGCCUGACUUGACAACGUUCUUGAAAAGUUGCAUUCAGUUCCGCUUAGCAUUCUGUACAAAGGAUGUUUUGUGCUGGAAGAGUGCAGAGGAGAUUCAUCAUGAUUGAGUGGGCUUCUGUUCAUAAGUCCAUAAGACAUAGGAACAGAAUUAGGCCAUUCAGCCCAAUGAGUCAGCCACCUUUCAAUCAUGGCUGAUCCCAGAUCGCACUCAAUUCCAGAUAUCUGACCUCCCGCCAUAUCCUUUGAUGCCCUGACUGAUCAGGAAACGAUCAACUGCCGCCUUGAAUAUACCCACACACUCGGCCUCCACUGCAGUUUGUGGCAGAGCAUUCCACAGAUCCAAUACUCCCUGACUAAUAAAAAAAUAAGCUGCCUACCUCUGUUUGAAAAGGUGGCCCCUCUGCUUUGUGGCUGUGCCCCACCACAGGAAAUACCUUCUCCACAUCCACCUUAUCCAGGCCUUUCAACAUUUGGUAGGUUUCAAUGAGAUGCCCCGCAUUUUUCCGAGUUCCAGUGAGCACAGGGUCAAAGCUGCCAAGUGCUCCUCAUAUUUUAACCCCUUCAUUCCCAACAUCAUCCUCUGGACUCUCUCCAUUGACAACACAUUCUGUCUGAGAUCUGGGGCCCAGCGCUGUUGACAAUACUCCAAGUGUGGUCUGACUAGUGUCUUAUAAAGCCUCAGCAUUAUCUCUUUGCUGCAGUAUUCAUGGGGCGAGAUUGGACUGUGAUGAUCUACAGGGGGAUCUUGGAAUCCGAGUUCAUAACUCCCAGAUAGUGGUUCCGUUGUCAGGCAGUUAUGUUGCAGUUGUAUAAAUCUCUAGUUUAUCCACAUCUGGAGAAUUGCAUUUGAAGACAGGAAUAAUGCGGAGGUUUUGGAUGGUGAGUGGAAGAGGUUUAACAGGAUGCUGCCUGGAUAAAGUGAGACCGGACAAUCUCGGGGAAUUUUCUCCGGAGUGGCAGAGGCUGAGGGAGGUCUGACAGACGUUUACAGGAAUGUGAGAGACACAGACAGUGUGGACAGCCGGGAUUGUUUCUCUAAGGAGGAAAUGUCCAAUGCCAGUGGGCAUGCACUUCAGGAGAAAGGGGGAACACAUCCUCAUUGGACAUUUUUGCAGUAUUUAAGUAUUUUGUAAUUUAGUGUAAUUUUGUAUGUUUUUUCUGCAUAGCUGCUGUUAAACAAAAACAAUUAGAAAAGACAAUGAUGUUAAAAACCUGGCUCAGAAUGGUUAAAGGAGAUUUGCGUUUCAAGAUUUGUUUUUCAUUCCCAUAGUGGUGGGUGUCUGGAGUGAAUAUGGGGUAGUGGUGGAGGCAGAUGUGAUAGAGGCUAUUAGAUACCACGUGGAUGUGAGGAGAAUGGAGGGAUGUGUCCCUUGUGUAGGCAGAAGGGAUUGGUUUAGUAAGGCAUGAAGUGACCGGUUCAAUUGGUUCAGAACAACACAGUGAGCAGAAGGGCCUGUUCAAGGACAAGUACAGCAAGCAGAGCAGGUAAACUGGAUAAAGUGAGCCCACUCAGAGAACAGACUGUGACGUCAGUGGAUAAAUGCCGGCAUCACAGUUCUCUCAACAAAGAUACUUCACUGUUGGAUAAAAUGAAGCUUCUGUUGUUUAUAACCGAUGUGGUGAAUUGUACUUAUCAGACAUCUCAUCCUACUGAGGAAAUUAAAAUUAUUGUGAAAGCUGCAGAAAGGUAUCUUGGUGUAACUGGUGUUUUGUGGGAAGCCUUAAAUUAAGUUUUGUUGGGUGGGGUAUCUGUAUCAGUCUACUUGUGAACAUACAUAAUGGUAUUAAAAUAUAUCAAUGAAAUCCUGGGGAGUUUUAUAAAAUUUUCACUAUGUUACUUACACCUUAUUUAUCCACUGUUUUAUCAGAGUCUUUCAAAUCAGAUAAAAUCCCUCAGUCUUUUUAUGAAGCUUUUAUUUCUCUUAUUCUUAAAAAAAAUCCAGCUGAAUGUUGUUCAUCCAGACUGAUUUCUUUAUUAAAUGUUGAUGCAAAAAUUUUACCCAAAAUCUUAUCUCGAAGACUUGAAAAUAUUCUACCAUCUAUUAUAUCACAUGACCAGACAGACAGGAUUUAUUAAAAAUCGUUACUCACAUUUUAAUAUACGUUGGUUAUUGAAUGUGAUAUAUUCACCAUCCAAAAAUAUCAGAGUGUAUAUUAUCUUUAGAUGCAGAAAAUGCCUUUGAUAGGAUUGAGUGGAAUUAUCUUUUUAAGACCUUAGAAAAGUUUAAUUUUGGGCCUAAUUUUAUUCUUUGGGUUAAAUUAAUCUACUUGUCUCCUACUGCUCAGGUUAUUACUAACUCCCAAAUUUCUAAGCCCUUUAGAUUAAAGCGGGGAACUUAGACAAGGUUGUCCUCUUAGUCCUUUACUGUUUGCUUUAGCUAUAGAACCCUUAGCAAUAGCAUUUUGAGAAUCUAAGGACAUUUCUGGUAUACCAAGGGAAGGUAUGACUCAUGAAAUUUCGUUACACGCUGAUGAUAUUUUACUUUUUUAUCUCUUAACACUGAAACUUCUUUACCUUUGGUUCUUUCUUUCAAUUUCUGGGAAAAUAAAUGCCAAAUUUCCGUUCAAUGUUGUUACAAGUCAAUUUACAUAUCUAGGUGUAACAAUUACUAAAAACUUUAAAUAAAGAAUUUAUUUAAAUAAAACUUAAACCCCUUAUUGAUUUCUGUUAAAAAGACGCUUUCUAAAUGGUCCCCUCUUUCUUUAUCCCUAAUUGGCCGAAUUAAUUCGAUUGAAAUGAAGAUCCUUCCUAAAUUUUUAUAUCUUUUUCAGGCCUUACCUAUUUUUAUUCCUAAGACGUACUUUGAUUCUUUAGCUUCAAUUUUAACCUCUUAUAUUUGGAAUAAUAAACAAGCUCGUUUAAGUAAAUUUUACCUACAAAGAAAUAAAGAGAUGGGUGGACUCGUCCUACCCAAUUUUAGGUUUUACUAUUGGGCUGCCAAUAUAAGGAAUAUUACUUUCUGGUUCUAUUAUACUUAUGGUAAAGAUCGCCCAUCAUGAGUCUCCUUAGAAGUUAAUUCUGUAAAAAAUUCCUCUAUUGUCUCUCUUCUUGGAUCAUACUCUUUUUCAGCAAACAAAACAACAAAUAACAUAAUUGUUAAGCUUACUUUAAGGAUCUGGACUCAAUUUAGAAAAUUUUUUGGUUUAGCAAAUUUUUCAUUAUCAUCUCCCAUUCUCCUUAAUUAUUUUUUAUCCCUUACAUGACUGAUAAAGUCUUUAAAUAUUAGGAUGAACUAGGUAUUGUGUUUUUGGGACCUGUUUAAUUCAGGAUCUCUUGCUUCAUUUGACCAAUUGUCAAAUAAAUUUGCACUCCCAAAAACACAAUUUUACAGAUACCUUCAAAUUAGAGAAUUUCUACAUUUCCAAUUUGCUACUUUUCCUUUAGGUCCUGAUAAAAAUUUACUGGACGAUCUUUUAAAUUUAAAACCUUUUGUUAAUGGUUCUAUUACCGGUAUCUAUAAGUUGUUGAUUGAUUCUCGACAAGACUUUUUAGAUAAAAUAAAAUAAACUUGGGAGGGUGACCUAAAUUGUCAGAUUUCUGAUGAUAGAUGGAAUAAGAUUCUUAAAUUCAUCUUUCUGUGCUCGUCAUUCUCUUCUACAAUUUAAAGUGGUUCAUAGAGCUUACAUUUCACAGCAGAAGCUGUCCAGUUUUUACCCUUUGUAAUAAAUGCAACUCUGCUGAUGCCUAUUAAUUCAUAUGUUUUGGUUUUGCCUUAAAAUUGAAAAGAUUUGGCGGGAAGUAUUUCAUACCUUCUCACAGCAUUCUAGGGUCCAACUUCACCCAAAUCCCCUAACAGCCUUGUUUGGUAUAAUUGCAAAUGAAAAUAUAACUUUAAAUACUCCUAACCUACAGGUUUUAGUUUUUACCUCUCUUUUAGCAAGGAGAGGAAUCUUGCUGAAAUGGAAGGAGUCUACACCUCCUACACAUAUUCAAAGGAUACGUGAUAUUAUGUCUUAUUUAAAUUUAGAAAAGAUCCGCUGCUCAGUCUUAAAUUCGAUACAAUCUUUUUAUGAUAUUUGGGGACCUUUCCUAAAUUACAUUUCCAAUUUAUAAAGUUUAACAGUGCACAGACUUUUAUGUAUAUUUUUAUCUUCUCUUCUUAAGUGAAUAUGUUUUUUUUUUCUAAUUAUCCAUUGUCAUCCAUCAGCUUUUUUCUAUGGUAGUUGGUAGGGGGUUGUCUUUUUUAUAUGAAAAAUUUAUUUUAUGUUGUGUUACUUAUCUUAAAAUUUUUGAUUACAGAGUGUUAUACCUUUAUGUGUUAUGCUAUAACAUUUUGAUCAAUUUUAUUACAAUAUAUGAAUGUACACAAGUUAUGUUGAGAUGUAUCUAUGUGUUGCACUCUGUAAAUCUUGUUUUUUUUCUGAAUAGUAAAAAGAAAAAGAAAUGCAAGAGAUCUGAUUUAUAAUGGUCAAGACUUUGAGAAAUUUAUUUCUGA